AUGAGUACACAAAUAACCACCCCGACUCCAUCAAGCACCGAUCUUGCCGGUGCAAUCUCGAGGACCUGGAAGAUCUACAGCGGCAGGCCUAGGGAAAUCCGAUUCACGGAAAUAAUGCCCCGUAUGGACCGUAACCAGGACUUCCAUGUCCUGCAUACUAAGAUAGGCACGAUCUCCGAGAUCCUACGACUGGAAGUCGAUCACAACCGGGAUGUUGUUAAUCGCAUUAUUGAAAAGCAGAAGAUGGCAGAGGUCCAGGUUAAGUUGACGGAAGCCUGA